AUGCCUAUGAAAAAGACGAGCCAACGAAAGAAAUCAGAGAGGAACAAGCAUCGAUUGAAAGCGAUUCGUAAAAGCCACCUCGCUGUCUCCUUAGCUGAACACCCUUGUAAUAUAUCCAUGGAAUGUGAUAAAUGCGGAAAGAUACAAAGGAAUCGAGCUUUCUGCUACUUUUGUGGGGUUGUCCAGCGAAUUCCCGUUUGUGCCCAUUGUGGUAAACAGAAGUGCAUACCAAAGGGUGACUGCGUCGUGAAACACGGUUCUAGUCAUGCUACUGGGCUGGCAAUGGUGGGAGCCAUAUGUGAUUUCUGCGAGGCUUGGAUUUGCCAUGGACUCAAUUGCCUCCAGACUCACGCCUGCUCCUGCCCAAUGCAAGAAUCCACUUGCGUCGAGUGUGAACGCGACAUCUCUGAACAUGGCGGCCGAAUCUUUUCGUGUGCCUUCUGUGCAAAGUUGUUGUGCGGAGAUGACCAAUUCGAACAUCAGGCAAGUUGUCAGCGAUUAGAGUCUGAGAAUUUCAAAUGCCCUUCGUGCAACCGAAUCGGUACCAAUGCUUGCAUGAGAUGCAAGGCCAUCUUCUGCGAUGACCAUGCUAAACGAAAAGGCUUCAAAUAUACGCCAGAUCAGCCGAUACCCUGUCCAAAAUGCGGACAUCCUCUGGAUCAGUCCUUCUGCCUCAGCAUUUCAACCCGACAGUACGCUUUUGGCAGACAGAGGAAGGUAUACAACGAAGAUGUUGACGAUGAAACUAAUCUUGGUGAUCACCUCCACAACAUUCACGAAGACCAAUCAGACGAGUAUUCUUCACACGAGGAAGAUGGCCAAGAAGACGUCUGCAUGUCUUUUCGUGAUAUCAACAUUCAUGAUGAAGUUUAG